UGUGUGGGCUCCUUGUCUGUGAGUUCUGGAUCUCCCGGCCGGGGCUGGGUCAAGCAGCAGGAACCCCAAGAGAAAAUUCCCCCGGAUGGGUUGCAACACCCCGUGGAGGAGCUGCAAUGCCUGUGGCCGGGUGCCUUCCUGAAGAGUGCAGCAUGACAGAGCUCCAUGAAGCCGUGGCUGUGGGCGACUAUGACCUGGUGGAAAAGAUUUUGAAGGCAGGGCGCUGCAAUCCAAACCAGAAGGAUGUCGACUGGCAUGACAGGACCCCCCUGCACUGGGCUGCUGCCAAAGGGCGGUCGGACCUGGUCAGGCUCCUGGUGGAUCACGGUGCCCGGCACUGCCUGCGGAGCGAUGUGGGCUGGACCGCGGCUCACUUCGCUGCCGAGGCGGGGAAGCUGCGGGUGCUCCGCGCCCUUCACUCCCUGCACGCUGCUAUGGAUGCCGCCGACCUCUUCGGAGACACUCCCCGGAGGCUCGCGGAGAUCUACGGACACCGGGAGUGCUCCAAAUUCUUGGAAAACUGUUGGCUCAGCUCACAGAUAUUUUCAUCCUUGCAAAGGUGUUUCCCUGGAUCAGGAUGCUUUACUGCAGAGGUUUGAGCUGUGCCUCAUCCUUCGUCUCUCUAAAGGAGUGGGACAGGUCACCAGAGGCCAACCAACUUGUCCAGUGGAAGCCACAGUCCCAGCACUACUUUACUUCAAUAUGCUGUCCACGAAAGAUAUAUGUGCCAGACCCUGGAGUGCUGAAAGCUCCCAAAAGUGUUUUCUCUCUGGGUUUUUCUGUGACUUUACAUCAUCAUCCCAUCAUUAUCCUUCACUGGCAUCUCUUUUACCACUUCCACAUUCUCAAAACUGCUUUGGUACCAUGUAUAUCCUGUAUUUUUUUUAUAGGGGUUUAUCCAACUCAAAGUCUCCAGCUUGCCAGUGCAGCACACAAGCUGCCAAGUUCAAAAUCAGGCAUGGUGACAGGCAAAUAUCUGAGGAGGCCAGUGCUUUACAAAUGCCGCUUUUCAUAAAUCUGUAUAAACUUUUCUGUAGGUACUGCUGUCCUGCUGUACUUCUACAGCUUGGUUCCUGUUGAAAUGCCCCAUGCCCACCUUUUAUCUUGACACAUCAGAGUCCUUCCAUAAGAAAAGAAAACCAAACUGUGCAAAAUUCCCCUGUACAGAGCCCAGAAAGCUUUGUAGUGGAGGCACAAGCUCUGGUUUACAAGCUCUGGCUGUUGGAAGCUGCUAAGAGCUUUGCAUUUUACCUGCCCACCCAACACAGAAUCACAGAAUGGUUAGAAGGGACCUUAAAGUUCAUCUCAUUCCAACCCCUUACCACGGACAGGGACCCCUUCCACUUGACCAGAAUGCUCAAAGCCCUUUCCAGUGUGAUGGAACUGAACACUGCCAGAAUGGGGCAUCCAGACCAUCUUAGAGCUAAAGUCUUUUUGGUUUUGGAGCUGACAUACUGUAAUCUCCCACUAUUCACCACUUUCCUUCCACACAGAUAUAUCAGCUCUUCUUACUCUCAGACCUUCAGUUUAAAGGCAUUUAGGCAGCCAGCAGCUGAUAAUGAAGCUUUGCAAAUUAGAUUUUUUUACUGCCUAGCCAGUGUCUAGGUAGUAAAGCUCAGGUCUGCCAGACCUUUGAGAAUGGGGCAUUGUCUUCCAGUGGAGAUUCUCUUUAUACUCUUCUCAGCUCUUGGCAUACUUAGUUUCUAUACCAGAACAGGGAAAUAUUUUCUAACCCAGAGGGUGAAAGUCUGCAGACUUCUGCCCCUUGGAUGAAAAAUUCAUAGCAAUUACUUGCCUAUUCUAUGCUGUCUUUUUGCACUGAUUUCACCAGUUGUUCCUGCCAAUCUGUAUCAUUUGUUGUGCUCUGGGUGUGCUCCAGAGCCAUGGGAGUGAGCUGACAGCAGGGGUAGGAGGAUUGUCUGGAUGGUGCCAAAGGGCAAUGCCUGUGGCAGGCAGAGGCACCUGGGAGAAUGAUUGACAGGUUGAUUGCCAGAAUGAUUGACAUCCUGGUCUGACACACCUUAGCAACAGCCCAUGGUGACUCAGGUCAGCUGAUGGAGGGCUUUCUGAGGUGAAUGACAGAUUUAAGGUGGAAAAUUUGUCUUUCAGAACCACGUGCUGGUCUGACUCACCCCACAGCUGCAUGGCUCAGCAUGGCUGGGAGAUCUAAUGAUUAGGAAGAUGCUUCAAAUGCCCAGUCUAGAACAUUUUAUAAUACACACAAAGCCUGUACUAUCACCUCAUGGCCAUGACCCAGCCUGUGGGCAGCCGAGAGUUUAUCACUGAGGCUCAGGAAUACUUUUUAAAACCAGCCGCUAUAAUUUAUGACCACAGUGAAUGCUUUCACCCUCACACUCUGGCGUCACAUCAGCAAACUUGGAGUAAACUAGGGGGAAUGGUUGUCACUUGUAGUGUAAUUUCAAUUACUGUCUGCUCCUUCAGAUGUGCAGAAGGCCCCAGAGGUGAUGUCCAGGGUCAGGCAGUGCCAAAAGGUACAGGACAGUACUGUGUGUGCUGCAGACAGAGAAUUAAGAGUGUGCUUGCCCAAAAUGCUGUGAAGCACAGAGCAGCUCUGCUCUCUACUCAGUGGUCUGUGUGGGAUAUAAGUAUGAGGAACAUUUUUUUACACUCCAUCCAUGUCAGUGUUGGAUAUUUGCUUGUCAUGCAAAAAGAGAGAAAAGGCAAUUUUUAAGACCAUCUGAGGGUCUGCAGCUGCAGGGCUGUGCAUAUCUAUACAGGCCUAUGAGCAUCCAAAUCCUUCAUGAAUCCAAAUUCAGCCCCCUCUAGCACCACGUGACCCUUGCAUGCUGUUUGUUGGUCCCCAGGUGUUGCCAGCUGCAUGAACUACCUGCCUACCUGGGCUGGACCACUGAAUUGUGCCGAGGACUGCGCCCACAUGGAAAUAUUACAUGUAUCAACAUGGAAAUAUUAUUAACAUGCAAAUAAUAGGAAUAUUCUGCUACUGAGAAUCAGUACCACUCAUUGAGGUUUGCAUGAACAUGCAAAAGUUAGGAAAUAGCUGCUUUCAAAACAGCUGCUUCUGAAUAGCAAAUGCAUACUUUGCAUUAGAUUUGGUUUGCAUGAGAAGGGCUUUAUUCUUGAUGCUAUGAGACCUGCCAAGAAUAGCACAGAGACCCUCAGCCCGUGUCUGCUGCCAGCCUCUCUGCAAAGUGCCAGCUGUUGAAAUUGUAACAAAGGGUCCUGCUAUCUAAGAGCAGGGCAUAUAUAUACUCAUG